AUGCAUCGAAUCUGGCGAGUAAAGAGGUAUAAUGUGGGCACUUUCCGUAGCCUACGAUGGUUGAGUACUGCUCAAAGGGCUCCAAAAGUAUCAAUUGAGCCUCCAAAAGUAGCCAGUUCCGCGCCAAAACUCGAAUCAAAACUCGAAUCAAAGCUCGUAUCUCCAUCUUUACCAGAUUGGGAUCGAGGUGGAAAGACGAACAAUGACACGUUGACGCCAUUAUAUGCCAGCAUAAACAAGAUCAUAGAUGCCAACAAGGGCUGUGUGUGUCUUGUACAAGUAGGAAGCUUCUAUGAAAUAUAUUUUGACCAGGCACAAGAAUAUGGACCCAAACUAGGCAUCAAGGUUGCAUCAAGAAAGACAAAUAAUUGCAUUAUUCCAAUGGCAGGAUUUCCCACUUACCAGCUCCAAAAGUUCGUCAAGAUGCUAAUACAAGACUAUAAUGUCAACGUGGCGAUUAUAGACCAAUAUCCCAUGGAAAAGCGAACCAUGGAUGCAAUUAUUCACCGAAAAGUUUCACGAAUAGUUACGCCGGGAACCCUAGUAGACGAAACUUUUCUCAACUACAACCAAAACAACUACUUGGCAGCGAUCCACUUGCCUCCAGGAUGUACGAAAACCAUCGCUGACCCAGCAAUGGAAGUGGGACUCUCAUGGGUCGAUGUUUCUGUAGGAGAAUUCUACGUUCAACGAACAACUUUGGAAGAUGUUGUCAGUGAUAUCUUCAGAAUCAACCCUUCUGAGAUUAUUAUACCCAAAGAGUUCCAAGAUCUUGGUCUAUUGACUGGAAAUUGGUAUACUCCACUAUCUGAACUUCGUCGCUAUUUCUUACGCUAUCAUCAAACAGUCUACAAAGACUUGAAAUUACAGUUCACCUCGAGUUACCAAGCGACGAGAAAGGCAAUUGAGCUGCUCUCAGUGCGUGAAGAAGCCGCCAUGAACAUGAUUUUGUCGUACAUUAAUGUCAAUAUUCCCGAAGCCAAUCCUGCGCUCGAUAUCCCAACCCAGUACUGGAACGAAAAAUACGUCAGAAUGGACCCACGAACUCGAGAAGCGCUAGAACUCACAGAAAGGUCUACAGCUGGUCGACGGUCCGUCGUGGGAACGUUAGUGAGCACCAUUCGCAAAACGGUAACACCAUCAGGAACGAGAAUGCUUUCGCAGUGGAUCAACUCUCCCAUUUUGGACAUUGAAACUCUCAACUAUCGCUAUGAUUUUGUUGAAGCUUUUAGAGCCGACAUAGUUUUGACCCAGGGUUUACGAGCAAACCUUUCAAAAGUGGGUGACUUUAUUCGCUCGGUUCAACGACUCUCAUUUGGAACUGGUGAUUCGGUUUCUCAUCUAGCUGCAAUUGCCGAUGGCUUGUAUAAACUAGACCGAGUCGAAGAGCUCUUGAAGCAGCAAAAACGGUCGAAACUCUGGGAUGAAUUUCUUCACAAAUUUUCCGUGCCAAUAACGGUAGCUGAAAAGAUCGACGAAACGCUCAACUUGAGCGAAUUGAUCAAUGACAAUUCUACUUUGGAAGAAAGAGAAGACAACAAAAAACUACGGGUUGGGGCCAAAUUCUUCGUCAGACCUUCAUUUAAUUCUGAACUUGCACUCUUACACUCGGAGCUCCAAACUCUAUUGACUGAAGAGGAUAAGUUACUUGAACAAAUAACGGCUCAAAUAACCGAUAUAGAUUCCAAAUUGGCUAUUAGCAAGCGAGAUUCACACGGACGGUUUUCAAACGUGAUCCAUGUAUCAGGAAAGACAAAGCUGAUAGAAGCCGUUGGGAACUUGCUUGCCAAAGAUGUUCGCGAGAAAAGAAAAAGCACUAUCAUUAUCAAGCCAUAUGAAUGGAGCAUGUUACAAGCACUCGUCAAUUCCAAGGUUGAAGAGAUUCUUGAGGUGGAACAAAAAGUCAUUUCCAGCUUGCGCACACAAGUUCUUGCUUCUGCCUUGCCCAUGAGAGUUGCAAGUCAGCUAGUUGAUUUCCUAGAUGUAACUUCAUCUUUUGGAUUACUAGCCCACGAAACGGAACUUGUACGUCCAAAAGUGGUUUCGCAGCCAAAAUUGGAGAUUAUUGAUGGACGUCACUUAGUUGUAGAAUCAGCACUUAAGUCGCUUGGAGAAAUGUUUGUGCCCAAUACUUCUCAAUUGAAUUCCAAUGGAACGAUGUGGAUGAUUACUGGUCCUAAUAUGGGAGGAAAAAGUACGUUUUUGCGCCAGAAUGCAUUGAUAGUUAUCAUGGCCCAGAUUGGAUGUUUUGUGCCUGCAAAGAGAGCCACCAUUGGCGUUGUGGACCGAAUCUUUACUCGUAUUGGGGCCUCGGAUGAUUUGUUCAAUGAUUUGAGCACAUUCAUGGUGGAAAUGAUCGAAACUAGCAACAUCCUCAAAAAUGCUUCACAGCAAUCUUUGGCUAUAGUUGACGAAAUUGGAAGAGGAACAAGUGGUAAGGAAGGUCUUGCUGUGGCCUAUGCUGCGAUGAUCCACUUACUACAGGUGAACAAAUGCCGUACUUUAUUUGCUACUCAUUUUGGAAGAGAGCUUGUGGCUCUUUUAGAAGAGGAAGGUGUUGAUACACGCAAGCUCCACAAUUACAGAACAAGCGUCGUUAAAAACGACAGCCAGAUUAUCAUGAACCAUCGACUUGAACCGGGCAUAACUGAACGUUCGUAUGCACUCGAGGUUGCAAGAAUGUCCAAUUUUCCAGACCACGCUAUGCAAACAGCGAGCCGAGUUCUCGACAUGUUGACGACUAGAGAAUGGAAAGUGAAUGAACAUCAUCGUGAUUGA